GUGAGGUGAGCCCGAAGGAAAUGACUGGACCCAAAACAAAGCAUGUGCGAGGGAUAAAAUACCAGAAAUAAACACGUCUGAGUAAUGAUGUUUUAACAGUGUGCUCGUGAAAAAAACAGCUCCGGUUUGUCCAUUAUGCAGUCCAUCAGCUGGCGCGGAUGAAAUCUCCCUUCCUCUCCUCUGGAUUGUGGAUUGUGACAAGUGCCAGGACAGCAACCAAACAGGACCAGGACUAUAACAAAUCCGGGGAACUGUCACUCCGUUGCUUUUGAACAAGAGGCUUCUCAAGAUUUCGCCUGACAGCAAACCUCCCGGAGCCAAGACGUUGUUCCGCGUAGACCCGGGUUGCCCCAGUCCGAGCAGCGCAGUCCGUGUGGGAAGGUCGGCACUCGGCGUUCUGCAGGCCGGAGACAUGAUGGUCCACUGUGCCGGGUGCGAACGGCCCAUCCUGGACCGGUUCCUCCUCAACGUCCUGGACAGAGCCUGGCACGCCAAGUGCGUCCAGUGCUGUGAGUGCAACUGCAACCUGACCGAGAAGUGCUUCUCCAGGGACGGAAAGCUCUAUUGCAAAAUUGACUUUUUCAGGCGGUUUGGCACAAAAUGCGCGGGAUGUCUGCAAGGAAUCUCGCCGAGCGACUUGGUCCGCAAAGCCCGCAGCAAGGUGUUUCAUCUGAACUGCUUUACCUGCAUGGUGUGUAACAAGCAGCUUUCCACGGGAGAGGAACUCUAUGUGAUAGACGAAAACAAGUUUGUGUGCAAAGAAGAUUAUUUGACCUCCGGGGCCAUUAAGGAAGUCAAUUUGAACUCAGUGUCGUCGUGUACGGAUAGGAGUUUAUCGCCGGAUCUGCAGGACCCAAUACAGGACGACAUAAAAGAGACGGACAAUUCAACGUCCUCAGAUAAGGAAACGAACAAUAUUGAGAAUGAGGAGCAGAACUCGGGGACCAAAAGGCGGGGACCCCGGACCACCAUCAAGGCCAAGCAGCUGGAAACGUUAAAGGCCGCGUUUGUCGCCACGCCGAAACCAACCAGGCAUAUCCGAGAACAGCUGGCCCAGGAAACGGGACUAAACAUGCGAGUCAUCCAGGUCUGGUUCCAGAACAGAAGAUCCAAAGAGCGACGAAUGAAGCAGCUGAGUGCCCUGGGCGCCCGGCGGCACGCCUUCUUCCGGGGCCCGAGGAGGAUGAGGCCCCUUGGAGGCAGGCUGGAGGAUCCAGACAUUUUGGGACCUGGGGCCUACGGUUACUACGGCGAAUACCAAGGUGACUAUUAUGGACCAGGAAGCAACUAUGACUUCUUCCCCCACGGCCCUCCAUCCUCGCAGGCUCAGUCUCCAGCUGAGUCCCCCUACAUGCUGGGCUCUGGACCGGGACCCAUGGAAGGAUCAGGCCACCACCCUUCAGACGACCAAAGGUUCACGGACAUGAUCUCCCACGCGGAAACCCCGAGUCCGGAGCCGGGCUUACCGAGCUCCUUGCAGCCUGUCCCGGGGGAGGCUUACGGGGGUGGACCCAGUCCUCCUUUUUCCUUGGCAAGUAACUCCAGCUACAGCGCUCCUAUGUCCCACCAAGGCCAGGAGAUGGGAGAAACCACAGCCUGGUAAAGGACGAAUCACAGAGACCAUUCCUGGGCUGAAUGUCAGCCUAGUUAAUUCAGGAGAUGAACUGAAAAAACCCCACAUUGUGGAGUGUAAAGUACAGCUGAAAUUUCUAUGGAGGACUUUUUAAAAUCAUGGACUGAUUUUCAGGAAUCAAGAAUGGGGACAGCUUGCAGGAAAAAAAAGUAAUGUGUGCUGCCCAGUAGACACUCCAAAGCAUAUCCCUUCCUGGAUUACUGGACUUGAAUUAUUUAAAAAAAAAAAAAAAAAAAUUGCGAUUCCACCCAGCAAAAAUGCUUCUUGCCUUCCCCUUGAUGUUAACGAAGGUAUAUUUUAAUGCUCUAGGAACACAUUAGAGAGAAAAGCCAAAGGGGUCAUCUUUAGUUAUCUUAAUUUCUCACCACAUUUUUUUUUAAACGUUGUUUUAAAGCAAUUUUGUUUUUUCAUUCUGUUGCUCUAUAACUCUCCCUUUUGCUAAGUUGCCACUCUACCCUCAAUAAAAAGACAAAGGACCAGGUUUUAAUACAUGCUUUAAUGUUCAUAUACAAACAUGUAUGUGGCAGUCAAGACACAAUAUAUUUAGUCAAAAACGCUGCUUUAAACACUCUCCAUUAUAAGACAAUAUGUCAAGGAUGCUUCUUGAUAUAAAAUGCACACACACACAUACACACAACUCUAGCAUUGACUUUUUGUAGCACACAUCUCAGCUAUAAGUCCCUUAAUGUACAAAAAGUGUUCUUCAUCAUAGCUCAAAAGAAGGAUGUCUAUACCGUUAUUCAAAACACGUACACAAUUAUACAGAUACUCACUCAAGCGCUCGCACACACAACACACACACACACACAAACAUCUCACACCCAUCCAGCCGGUCCUGAUAGUUCUGCUCUGCAGACUGCUUCACCUGACCUUCCUUUUGUUACUGUCCCUUUUAAAAAACAUGUUUUAAUGGAAAUGAUUUUCAAAAGAACAUUGAACCCAUAAUGGAGAAUCUCCUUCAACAGCUGAGGUCUCCUUCCUCUAAAGAGAGAAAACAAAAGAGGGGGUAGACAACAUCUGUGACAUUACCACUGUCUGCUCUGAAGCACUCAUUGCCAUCUAGUGGCCUUAAAACACACAGAAUUAAAAAUCAGCUCAAAGCAGCAGAGUCCGACUGUGUGUAGAUGAACAUCUUUGUACAGCAGAGGACAAAUUCUUUGUUUUUUCCUAAAUAAUCCCAGAAGAUAAUUCUGCAGUUUCAGGGCCAAGCGUCAUUAUGGCUCCUACUUGAACAGUCAGCUUUUGUGGAACUACACGAAGGGAAACAACAUUUUCAUCUCUCCUUAUAAAUCUGCUUCUGAAAGAAGACAACCUAAGUUAGCUGAUGUUAUUUUAUCCCAUACAAAACCUUCUAAUUCUUAAUUUCAGAUCCAUUCAGUUCUGUAUCAUCAUACACAACAUGUCUUACACAAAACACAUCAAUAACUUGUAAUGCUGUUUGUCCUCAAUGAGUUAACCUGAAAUAUUGUUUUAAGAUAAUUUGCGUUUCCUUUGAACAUUGUAUAAGAUCUAGAGAGAAUGUGUCUUAUUUCUGACGUAUUGAGAUAUUCUUGGAUACAAAAGUGAAUGUGUAUGUAUGUGUGCUUCUGUGUGUGUGACUGAGUGCUUGGGGGUGUGCGUAUGCUUGCUCAUGUGCGUUCGUGCGUGCGUAUGCAUUUAAGGGGGGGAGAGGGGCAAGGCUGUAUUAUUUCUAUGUAAAUAGCACUGGUAAUAAAACCUUCUCUUACAACUUGAAGAACUG